CCUCCCCCAGCAGCUCCCCCGCGUUAAUCCCCUCCCCGCUUUAAACCCCUCCCCCAGCAGCUCCCCCGAGUUAAUUCCCUCCUCUCCUCGGCGUUAAACCUCUAGUCCCUUGGCAGCCGCACUUCCCAACCUGCGGUGCUGGGAGCGGGCCGGCGCUCAGAGGCUGCGGGAUGCUGCGGGCGGGUUGCCGGGUUGCGGACAGCCUGAAGCAGACGCCCCUCCAUGCAUUCCACCGGCAGCAGGGUGGCAGGAUGGUGAACUUCGCUGGCUGGAGCAUGCCUGUGCAGUACGCACUGAGCCACCUGGAGUCCCACCUGCACACGCGCCAGCACUGCUCCCUCUUUGAUGUCUCCCACAUGUUGCAGACCAAGGUGUUUGGCCGGGACCGGGUGAAGUUCAUGGAGAGCCUGGUGGUUGGGGACAUCGCGGAGCUGAAGCCAGACCAGGGCACCCUGUCUCUCUUCACUAACGAGGAGGGAGGCAUUCUCGACGACCUAAUCGUGACCAACACAUCGGAGCAGCACCUCUAUGUGGUGUCCAACGCAGGCUGCAGGGAGAAGGACUGGGCCCUGAUGCAGGGCCGAGCAGAGGAGCUGCGGGCUACAGGCGGCGAUGUGCACCUGGAGGUCUCUGAGAACGCGCUGCUGGCUCUGCAAGGUCCUUCGGCAGUACAGGUGCUGCAGACAGGCGUGUCGGACGAUCUGGCCAAGCUGCCCUUCAUGAGUAGUGCGGUGAUGGGUGUGUUUGGGGUGCCAGGCUGUAGGGUGACGCGCUGCGGCUACACCGGAGAGGAUGGCGUGGAGAUCUCGGUGCCCGUGGGGCGCGCGGUGGAGCUGGUGGAGCUGCUGCUCAGGGAUCCACAAGUGCAGUUGGCAGGGCUGGCGGCCAGGGACAGCCUGCGCCUGGAGGCGGGACUCUGUCUCUAUGGCAACGACAUUGAUGAGACGACAACACCUGUGGAGGCAGCUCUGGUGUGGACACUGGGGAAGCGGCGCCGGGAGGCCAUGGAUUUCCCUGGUGCCCGGGUCAUUGUGCCCCAGAUCAAAGGGAAGGUUAAGCGCAAGCGCGUGGGGUUGAUUUCCACGGGCCCCCCCAUCCGGCCACACAUGCCCAUCCUGAGCCCGGAGGGCAGGCCCAUUGGCGAAGUGACCAGCGGCUGCCCCUCUCCCUGCCUGAAGAAGAACGUGGCCAUGGGCUAUGUGGCAGGCGAGCAGAGCCGGGUGGGCACGGUGCUGGCAGUGGAGGUGCGGAAGAAGAGCUGCCCUGCUCUGGUCACCAGGAUGCCCUUUGUGCCCACCCGCUACUACACGCUCAAGUGAGACGUCGCUGGGAGCCAUGCCUCCCCCCCACCCCAACCAAUCAGCAUGCACCUGUCUGCCCCACAUAGGCCACAUCCCCAAUCAAGACUCCCCAGGGGACAGCCUGGCCCCACAGUGCCACACAUCCAAGCAAGGCUGGACCCCACCGGAGCCAAAGUCCAGCCAUGUGCUGCCCAGCCAAUGCCAAGGGCAUGUGCCAGGUGCCUUCCAGCCCCUUCUGAGGCCAAUGCCAAACCAGGCCAGUCUGUUGGUUUUCUUAUGGGGGGGCAGCCUCUGAGCUGUGCCCCCAGCGUCCAGACAUGCUCUGGCCUGCUGCAUGUAUGCCAAAUACUGCCAGGCAAUGGGCUAGCAAGGUGAGAGCCCCUCCGCUGCCCUAGCCUGCCUGGGCAUCCCAUUUCUGUAAUUGGGCUGUGAUUGUCCAUUAAAGACCCC